CUCACUCUCUUAGCUUCUAUAUAAUUGCAUUGCAGAUAGAGCUAGCUAGCCGUGUAGUGCACACACCGUGCGGCGGAGCAACUGCAGAGGCGGCGGCGACCAUGGCGGGCAAGCAGCUCAACGUUCUGACGACGCUGGACCAGGCGAAGACGCAGUGGUACCACUUCAUGGCCAUCGUGAUCGCCGGCAUGGGCUUCUUCACGGACGCCUACGACCUCUUCUGCAUCUCCCUCGUCUCCAAGCUGCUGGGACGCCUGUACUACACCGAGCCCAACAGCCCCAACCCCGGCAGCCUGCCGCCCAACGUGUCGGCGGCCGUGAACGGCGUCGCGCUGUGCGGCACGCUGGCCGGCCAGCUCUUCUUCGGCUGGCUCGGCGACAAGCUCGGCCGCAAGAGCGUCUACGGCUUCACGCUCAUCCUCAUGGUGCUGUGCUCCAUCGCGUCGGGGCUCUCGUUCGGCCACACGGCCAAGGGCGUCAUCGCCACGCUCUGCUUCUUCCGCUUCUGGCUGGGCUUCGGCAUCGGCGGCGACUACCCGCUCUCCGCGACCAUCAUGUCCGAGUAUGCCAACAAGCGGACCCGCGGCGCCUUCAUCGCCGCCGUGUUCGCCAUGCAGGGCUUCGGCAUCCUCUUCGGCGCCAUCGUGGCGCUCGUGGUGUCCGCCGGCUUCCGGAACUCGUACCCGGCUCCGUCGUACCAGGACAACCCCGCGGCGUCGCUCGUCCCCGAGGCCGACUACGUGUGGCGCAUCAUCCUCAUGUUCGGCACCAUCCCGGCGGCGCUCACCUACUACUGGCGCAUGAAGAUGCCGGAGACGGCGCGCUACACCGCGCUAAUCGCGCGCAACGCCAAGCAGGCCGCGGCCGACAUGUCCAAGGUGCUCAACGCGGAGAUCGUCGAGGACGCGGACCGUGCCGAGCGCGACGCCGCCGGGGCCGGCAACGAGUGGGGACUCUUCUCGCCGCAGUUCGUGCGCCGGCACGGGCUCCACCUGCUGGCCACCACCAGCACGUGGUUCCUGCUCGACAUCGCCUUCUACAGCCAGAACCUGUUCCAGAAGGACAUCUUCUCCAAGGUCGGGUGGAUCCCGCCGGCCAAGACCAUGAACGCCGUCGAGGAGGUGUUCCGCAUCGCGCGCGCGCAGGCGCUCAUCGCGCUCUGCGGCACCAUCCCGGGCUACUGGUUCACCGUCGGCUUCAUCGACAUCGUCGGCCGCUUCGGCAUCCAGCUGAUGGGCUUCUUCAUGAUGACCGUCUUCAUGCUCGGCCUCGCCGUGCCGUACCACCACUGGACGACGGCCGGCCACCACACCGGCUUCGUCGUCAUGUACGGCUUCACCUUCUUCUUCGCAAACUUCGGGCCCAACAGCACCACCUUCAUCGUCCCCGCCGAGAUCUUCCCGGCGCGGCUGCGGUCCACCUGCCACGGCAUCUCGGCCGCCGCGGGGAAGGCCGGCGCCAUCAUCGGCGCGUUCGGGUUCCUGUACGCCGCGCAGGACCCGCACAAGCCGGAGGCCGGAUACUCGCCCGGCAUCGGCAUUCGCAACGCGCUGUUCGUGCUCGCCGGUACAAACUUCCUCGGGAUGAUCAUGACGCUGCUGGUGCCGGAGUCCAAGGGCCUGUCGCUCGAGGAGAUAUCCAAGGAGACCGUCGACGACGAGGAGGCGGCGUGAUCUGACAAGAAAUCGAUGCAUGCGACCUUUGCUUAGUGUUUUGUAAUUUUGUCGUUGGUACAUUGUACACUGUUGCACGAGUAUGUGGUAGCUAGUCUGUGUUUUGCUACCUGUUUCAUGACACUUGUUAAUUUGUGAGCUUGUGACAUGGUAAUGCUAAGUGUAAAUUUGAUCUGGCAAAUUUUUCAAAAGAAACAAUAAACAACUUGUACAGGUUACAGUUUGUACUAUUA